AUGAGUUUCCUCGGCCUCAAAACGUUCGAUGACCCCAAUCGGGCGCCUAGCUCGGGGUCAUUCGCGACAUACAUGAUCGUUGCGCCAACAUCCUUCUUUCUCGGGAUGCUCUUCUCCUCCUUCCCCUACGACUACCCCCUCCUCUGGACCUCCUCCCCCAUCCCCCCCACCUUCCUCUCCGACCUCGAAACCCAUCUCCAAUUCCUUCACGCCUCCCCGCCUUUGAUCCCACGGAUCCUGCAUUUCCUCAUCGCCAUCGGAUUCGCCGGGUUCCUCUUAAAGCUGUUCAAGCCGUCGGAGGCGAAUUUGCUGUUCGAUGGUGCCAGUUUGGUCUUAUACGUCGUCGGGGUUAUCGUUUACAUCACGAAUAUUAUUAAGGGGUUGAGGGUGGUGACGAGGGGGGAGUGGGAUGAAGUCGUCCAAGUCGCGGAUGGGGAGGAGGUGAUUGGACGGGAGGAUAGUUUGAAGGUGCUUGCGGCGAGUAAUACGAUCUUGGCGCUGGUGUUGGUGGGUGUGUUGGUGCUGCAGGCGGGGCAGUGGUAUGCGGAGAGACGGGAGAGGGAGGAGAGGGCGCAGUUUGAGGCGAUGGAGAAAAAAGAGGGGAAGGGGAAGGGAGGCCAGAAGAAGAAGCAGUAG